GACGAGCGUGGCGUUGCGCAUGCGCACGGCUCGCCUGGCAGUGGGCGGGAAGCGGUGUGCGCGUGCGCGCCGUAAAGAUGGCGGCCGGGGGCCGGGCGGAGGGAGCUGCGAUAGAAAGCGAGAUGGAACCGCUGCGAUUCCAGCGGCUGUGCGGGGAUGGGUACUUCGAGGUGCCGGCGUCUGAGAGGCUGGGGAAAUGCCGGAGCGUGAAGGAGUUUGAGAAGCUGAAUCGGAUCGGAGAGGGCACCUACGGCAUCGUGUACCGUGCCCGGGACACUGUGACAGAUGAGACUGUGGCACUGAAGAAGGUGCGGAUGGACAAUGAGAAGGAAGGAAUGCCCGUCAGCAGCCUGCGGGAGAUCACCCUGCUCCUGGAGCUCCAGCACCCCAACAUCGUGGAGCUGAAGGAGGUGGUUGUGGGGAACCAUCUGGAGAGUAUUUUCCUGGUGAUGGGCUACUGUGAGCAGGACCUUGCCAGCCUUCUCGAGAACAUGCAGACACCUUUUUCAGAGGCUCAGGUGAAAUGCAUCAUCUUGCAAGUCCUCAAAGGUCUGCAGUACCUUCAUGAGAGGUACAUCAUCCACAGGGAUCUGAAGGUGUCCAACCUGCUCAUGACCGACAAAGGCUGUGUGAAAAUAGCGGAUUUUGGUCUGGCACGUACAUAUGGGAUGCCACCACAACCCAUGACUCCCAAAGUCGUCACGCUGUGGUACCGAGCACCCGAGCUGCUGCUAGGAGUGACAACACAGACCACCAGCAUUGACAUGUGGGCUGUGGGCUGCAUCCUCGCUGAGCUGCUGGCUCACAAGCCACUGCUGCCAGGCACCUCUGAGAUCCACCAGAUAGAUCUCAUUGUGCAGCUCCUGGGGACACCCAAUGAAAACAUCUGGCCGGGUUUCUCCAAGUUGCCCCUGGUGAGUCAGUACACGCUGCGGAAACAGCCUUACAACAACCUCAAGCACAAGUUCCCCUGGCUCUCAGAGGCCGGGCUGCGUCUGCUCAACUUCCUCUUCAUGUAUGAUCCCAAGAAGCGCGCAACGGCAAAAGACAGCCUGGAUAGCUCGUACUUCAAGGAGAAGCCCCUGCCCUGCGAGCCAGAGCUCAUGCCCACCUUCCCCCACCAUCGCAACAAGCGGGCAGCCAGCACCAGCACGGGGACGGAGACCCAGGCAAAGCGCGCCAAGCCCUGAGCCCUGUCCACAUGGAAGAGUGCAGGGGACUCGAGCUGGGAUGGCUGUUGCCAGGGCUGGGUGCUGGCUGUGCCCCACUGCUGGCCAGGCACACAGCUCUACUCAGUGAUACAGCGCUGGGUGCUGUCACCUUUUGGGAUGGCUCUUGGCCACGUUGCCCCAGACCUUCAACAGUUGCAUUUAGGGGGGCUGCCUUGGCUACCAGUGCCCAUGUUCAGCCCCUUGCACAGCUGCUCAUGCUGGGAACAUCCACAGCCUUCCAGCCCAGCAGAGCCCAUGUGUUGUAUAGUGCUGGCUUCCUUCUGUAUGGAGCUGAGAGCACAGCACUGGGUGGGAUUCAGCCUGUGCUGCCUCCUCCCCUGGGGGGGGAUGGAGGCAUGGACUGAAAGGGGGGAACUGGGGGUUGGUACAGAGGUGCUGGGUGUCUGGCAGGACCAGCUCCGGCCUGUACUGGCUGCGUGGUGCAACACUGACUCUGUUGUCAAUAAAAACAGAUACAAAGGGC